AUGGGGGACGUCGGUAAGAUCACCAUUGGGAGCCAACAGCCUCGUCUGGUGACUGGGGGCCGAGGGGGCGUGUUGCGGGCCGGUGCUGCCGGGGUUCGGUGCGGGCGCCGCCGAGGCCCGCGGAGCUGGCGGGAGCGGGGGCUGGAGGGCCGAGACCGGGAGUUUAAUAAGAAUUUUUCACUAAGUAUUUGUUUAUUUGUAGGUAUAUUUGCUUACUUAAACUACCAUGUUCCUCGAACGAGACGAGAAAUCUUGGAGACCCUCCUCAAAGGCCUUCAGCGACUGGAGUACAGAGGAUAUGAUUCUGCUGGUGUGGGAGUUGACGGAGGCAAUGACAAAGACUGGGAAGCCAAUGCCGGCAAGAUCCAGCUCAUUAAGAAGAAGGGGAAGGUCAAGGCUCUGGAUGAAGAAGUUCACAAACAACAAGAUAUGGACUUGGAUAUAGAAUUUGAUGUACAUCUGGGAAUAGCUCAUACCCGCUGGGCAACGCAUGGAGAACCCAAUCCAGUCAAUAGCCACCCUCAGCGCUCUGAUAAAAAUAACGAAUUCAUUGUUAUUCACAAUGGAAUCAUCACCAACUACAAAGAUUUGAAAAAGUUUUUGGAAAGCAAAGGCUAUGACUUUGAAUCUGAAACAGACACAGAGACAAUUGCCAAGCUUGUGAAGUAUAUGUAUGACAACCGGGAAAGUCAAGAUACCAGUUUCACUACAUUGGUGGAGAGAGUUAUUCAACAAUUGGAAGGUGCUUUUGCACUUGUUUUUAAAAGUGUUCAUUUUCCUGGGCAAGCGGUUGUCACAAGGCGGGGUAGCCCUCUGUUGAUUGGUGUACGUAGUGAACAUAAACUCUCUACCGAUCAUAUUCCCAUACUUUACCGAACAGGCAAAGACAAGAAAGGAAGCUGCAAUCUCUCACGGGUGGACAGCACAACCUGCCUUUUCCCUGUUGAGGAAAAGGCAGUGGAAUAUUACUUUGCUUCUGAUGCCAGUGCCGUCAUAGAGCACACCAAUCGUGUCAUCUUCCUCGAAGAUGAUGAUGUCGCAGCGGUGGUGGAUGGUCGUCUUUCUAUCCAUCGAAUCAAGCGAACUGCCGGAGACCACCCCGGACGAGCUGUGCAAACCCUUCAGAUGGAACUGCAGCAAAUCAUGAAGGGCAACUUCAGUUCAUUUAUGCAGAAGGAGAUCUUUGAGCAGCCCGAGUCAGUUGUGAACACAAUGAGAGGAAGAGUCAACUUUGAUGACUAUACUGUGAAUUUGGGUGGUCUGAAGGAUCACAUUAAGGAGAUCCAGAGGUGUCGGCGGUUGAUUCUCAUUGCGUGCGGGACAAGCUAUCACGCUGGCGUAGCAACACGCCAAGUUCUUGAGGAGCUGACUGAGCUGCCCGUGAUGGUGGAGCUCGCCAGCGACUUCCUGGACCGCAACACGCCCGUUUUCCGAGAUGAUGUUUGCUUUUUCAUUAGUCAAUCAGGUGAGACGGCAGACACCCUCAUGGGCCUGAGGUACUGCAAGGAGAGAGGAGCGCUAACUGUGGGGAUCACAAACACAGUCGGUAGCUCUAUAUCCAGGGAGACAGACUGUGGAGUUCACAUUAAUGCAGGUCCCGAGAUUGGUGUGGCCAGUACAAAGGCUUACACCAGCCAGUUCGUGUCCCUUGUGAUGUUUGCCCUUAUGAUGUGUGAUGACCGGAUCUCCAUGCAAGAAAGACGCAAAGAGAUCAUGCUGGGGUUGAAACGGCUGCCUGAUUUGAUUAAGGAAGUGCUGAGCAUGGAUGACGAAAUCCAGAGACUUGCAACAGAACUUUACCAUCAGAAAUCAGUCUUGAUAAUGGGGCGUGGCUAUCACUAUGCUACCUGUCUUGAAGGGGCCCUAAAAAUCAAAGAAAUUACGUACAUGCACUCAGAAGGAAUCCUCGCUGGUGAGUUGAAACAUGGUCCUUUGGCUUUGGUGGAUAAGCUGAUGCCCGUCAUCAUGAUCAUCAUGAGAGACCACACCUAUGCCAAGUGCCAGAAUGCUCUGCAGCAGGUGGUUGCUCGGCAGGGGCGCCCCGUGGUGAUUUGUGAUAAGGAAGAUACCGAGACCAUUAAGAACACAAAACGAACGAUCAAGGUGCCACACUCAGUGGACUGCCUACAGGGCAUCCUCAGCGUGAUCCCCCUGCAGUUGCUGGCUUUCCACCUGGCUGUGCUGAGAGGCUAUGACGUCGAUUUCCCGCGGAAUCUUGCUAAGUCUGUAACUGUGGAGUGAAGAGCAUCCGAAACUCGGCGCUGUUGAGCAACACAAGACACCUUUUGUAUUUAAAACCUUGAUUUCAAGUAUCACCCUUUUAAGCCUUUUUUAGUAAAUCUUUAUUUAUAUAUCAGUUAUAAUUAUUCCACUCAAUUAGUGGUUUUUGUGAAAAUUACCUCUUAUAUUUUUCCAGUAAUCUGUACGGGAGUUUGAAUAAUGGAAUCUAUAUUGGGAUCUAUGUCAAAAAGAGAUUUUAACUGUCAUUUUCUGUUGCACUUUUGGGCACUCCAAUCUGGGAGGGUUGUAUACUGUUAAAACCAUUGGCUUUUGCUUUACCCUGCCAUUCUGGCUAAUGGGAGGAUGGUGGAGAGAACUGGACUGUCUAAAAGCAGCAGCAACGCCUCUAACGUGCACGUGAACAUUUACGAUUGCUUCUGAGUUACACACCAAGAGAAGAUGCUGUGACUGACUGUGACACUUGUUUCUCUUCUGUUUUGAAAUCAAACUCUCAAACAGAAAAAUCGAAAACUUUUCUUGGGAUUUAUGUAUAAGCAAGAUCAACCUCCAUUUUUCAAGCUCGGUACAGGGAAGAAUCUAUGUCAAGACAAUUUAGGACGCAAAUGAUUACAGUAAUGUGUUGGUCUUCCUCAACCCUUAGCAAAACAUUUGCACAAGUAUACAGCACAACUUGAAAUUGGAACUGCUAAGGACGUCUCACAGUAUGGUUCUCAAUUUGAAGAUGGGGAAGGUACAUGUAGGCUUCUUAUUCCUUGUUUUCCCAUCUCCCAGAAGUGUUCAAGUUUUAAAAACAAUUUCCUUGUAUUUGUAGUUGUAGUUUUUAAGUAGCUGCUGAUUGACGUAUUUUAUUUUGUUCUUUGAAAUCACAACAGAGAGCUGCUAUCCCCAUGUGAUCAGUCCUGAUAUGUUGAUGUCAUCCAUACCUCAGCCAUUUGUCCAAGGAAGACUGUCCCGCAGUGAUUUGUCACUUUCCCUCUUUCCUUAUGUAAAGCUAGUAUGUUAGUGCCAGUUGGGCUGAUCUACCAGUCUUUUGAAUAAUCAUUAGAGUAAAUGUGCACGGUACACUGGGCUCAGGAGCACUGCGCUUGACAUCGCUACUGAUGGAAGAGGGCAUCACGUUGGGUAUUGCUUCCCUCUUUGCAGUCUCUGUUCGACACCUGCCCUUCCUGUCUUCACUUUCCCUCCGUCCUUGCCUUUCCCCUCUUCCUUUCUCCCACCUCCCUCUCUCCUUUUAUUUUAAGUCUUUUCUUCCGUGGUGAUUUUGUCCUUAGUGUCCCUUUGCCCACUUUCCUAUUGGGGCGGUCAUCUUUUUAAUGAGUUUUAGAAGGUUUACAUACUUAGCAUAUCUAUCCUUUGUCAUACACAUUGCAGAUCCUUUUGUCUUUCUAUGUUGUCACUCACCUCUUGUUAUGGUGGAUUUUUGCCGAGAGAGCUAAUUUUUCUGUAAUCUGAUCUGCCCAUCUUUUCCCUGGAGGGUUUUGUCUGCAGUUACAUUUGGAAGGGCCUGAGCAGAAAGCCCACAGAGCCUGUGGGUCAGGUUCUCUUGGAGCUCUGGGUGUGGCGCGAGUGGAUGUGCAGCUGACCUUUGUGGGGAUGACUUGAAGCUGAGUCUGGAGGCAGUGUGUUGAGGAGGUUGGUACCACAAUCCAGGCUAAUGGCAGUGAAGGCCCAGGAGGCCCAGGAGGUGAGGAGAACAGAGACGUGCCUCCAAGGGGACUUUUUAAGGGAACUUUUUUUAAAAACGGCAAUAAAAGAGAAAGACUAAAAAUGUUCAUGGUAACUCGUGUGCUACAACAUAAGUGAUUUUUUCGAAAAGCACAAUGUCAUUUUAAAAUAAUUUAUUCAAAAUAACAUUGAAUUUGUGAAGGCCAAAGACAUUGAAGGGAAGGGUAAAGAUAUUUUAGUCUUUUGAUAGCAACAUAGUUAGUAAAUGAUCCUGUGUACAGGAAUGCCAGACAGGGUGUUUCACCCAUGGAAACAUUUCAGAUCACUUUGUUCUCACUGUUACACUGCCUCGAAAUUUUAGCACAAAUCUUAUUCUUCCAUUCUAUCUCCCUCCUGUAGUUAAAUCCUCUCUUCAGAUCAGUGACAAUGACAACCAGCACAACUGGGUACCAUUAGCUUCCAACCAGUUAAAGAAGAAAUCACACCUAACGAGCAAGAGUUCAGGUUAUGUCAUAUUAACGGACAUCUGUAAGAGGUUGAUAUCAAAGAUGUUAUGAAAUGUACCAUAAAUCAUGGUUAGUGGGAGCAUCUUACGGAAUUCUGAAAUUACCUUUCUGACUGUACUGCUUUUCAGAACGAAUAUAGAAGUAAGUGAUCCUGUUAGUUUUUUUAAUGUUCUCUGAUUGAAUGAUUUUGCCUAAAUAAAACUUGGUAUUUGUUUAAAUAUCCUUCUUGUGAACUGGAAAUUUUAGAAUCAUCCUUGCUUUGUUUCAGUUUUCUGUUUUUUGAAUUGAAUGUUUUAGUUUACUGAGCCAACUAGUGAUUUCUUCCUUAUGUCUUGUAAGUCCAGUGACUCUUAAGCCUGAACUGUGAAUAAAUCACCAAAAACUUGCUGGGAGUUGCAUUUUGAAGCAAUCUGCCGACAUUUGACUUGCAUAUACUUUUUGUAGCUGUGUUAAAGGUUGUAUUGUCCUCAGAAUGUAGCCCAUGCUUAGUUUAGUUGUUAGUAAACAUUUCUCUUUGUUGUUGUUUUUAUGGCAUAUAUUUCACGUCAUACAAAUCAAUAGUUCAUAUUAAAAAGGGUUGUACAGUCAAUUAGUAAACAUUUCUGAUGUUGAAUGUUUAUUAGUAUUGCUUUAAAAAAGACAGAGAAAUGAUUUCAUCAUAAGCUUUAAAACCGAAAUGCUUCCCUCUCCACAUUCUAUUGUUUGAGAAAGCUUCGAGGAAAACAGGCCAUGCUCUUGACUGCCGCCCUCUACAGGAAGUCUUUCAAGUCUGUUUACAGAGUGUUCACGAUAAUAGCCUGGUUUGUCGCUAACAAAGGAUAUGUGAGUUGGCUGAGUAGCAAGGCAGCAUGUAUCUCAUACAUAAAGUUGCUGUGUAGCUGAGAAUUCUCACCGAACAGAGAUGCUUUUAGACACCAGCAAACUGAACUCUCUGUUCCCAGUGCUUACGGCAGGAGACGGGCUUAUGCCAGGGUGGCUUGAGGGAAAACUGGGCUGUUUGUCUCUCUGGGAGAGGGGAGCCCAGUCUCCGCUCUCCACUUUCCUGGUUGCUGUGCAGCACGGCCUAGCCAACACUGCACAUUUUUUCCACAGGCCACGUUUCUUGGCAUAAAAUCCAGCUUUACUCUUCAUGAAGUUUUCUCCUAAAUUCUCCCAAAUCAGCAAUUUGCAUUUACUGAGUACUUACUAAUGGUCAAGAAAUGAUGUCUUCUAAAGUUAGGAGACCGCUUUUCAUGGGGAAGGGGGAGUUAGGGGAAAUUAUACAGAUUUUUUUUGGAUAAAGGAAAGAAGCAUGAUUCAUCGGAAGGGGAAUAAUAGUGUCCUCUCAUUUUUCAGAUAAGGUAGGAGCUUUAUUAGAAAGCAUCCUGGAGCUACAAACCAAUCUUGUAAUCAUGUGCAGAAAAGCGAUAGCUGACCCUGACCAGAGCCUGUGUGUGGAUGUGUGCGCAAGUGAGUGUGUGUGAGAUUUCUUGGUGAGUGUGUACGUGAUAACUUUCGAGGUUAGAAAGGCACAUCUAUGGAAUUCGUAUUACUACAACUCAAUGACUCAGUGCUAAGAUUCACAUUUCCCAUAAAAAUGCUAUUAUACAGCCAUUUUUGCCUUCAAGAGAUUUUUGAAUACGAAAUAGAGGUAUUUACUUAAUAAGAGGUGAAAAAUAGAGCUUGCUGAAUUGGAGAGAUGCUCUUAGGAUAGAGUUAUAGUCAUUUCCUUGCCAUUUCUAUAUCUACCUGCCUGUAUAUGUUUGUAUAAAAUUAAAAAGCAUUUGUGUUUAUUUGGAUAAAAGCAUAUAUCUUACUAUAUGCUUUAACAUUUUGCGGUGUAAUGAAUGAUUUAGAAGUAUCCAGUAAUCUAAAAACCUAAGCCCCUAAAUAAAGCCUAUCAAGAAAGUCA